AUGCCCGAACAAAUCGCCCAGUCGUCCUGGUGGAACCCUUUCCGCCGCAGCGGAUACUCUCGCAUCGGCGAGGAGCCACGAACCUCCGUCACCGCUCCUUCCGUUCUCAACCCCAAGGUCUUCCUGGCCAACGAGCGCACUUUUGUUGCCUGGCUGCAUUUCGCCCUCGUCAUCGGCGCGGUCGCCAUCUCGAUGCUCCAGUUCAGCGACGCCGAGGGCGGCUCUCCCACAAAGUUCAUGGGCCUGGGCUUCACCGUUCUGUCGGUCAUCAUCAUCGGAUAUUCGCUGUGGAUGUAUCUGCAACGCCUGAAUCGGCUCCAGAGAAAAGAUUUUGGUACCUACGAUGAUCUGUUCGGAACGGGCGCCAUGGUCCUGAUCGUCUUUGCCAUCAUUGCAUGCAACAUCGGCAUCCGGAUCAUCCAGAUCGAAGUCUAA